AUGGCGCUUUCCUUCCAGAAUUCACUGUUUCUGCUCGGCUGCGCGUUGGCCGCCGUUGUGUUGCUGCACCGCCCAGCAGAGGUGGAAAGUAUGCAGCUAGAAGGAGCGAAUAGAAGCGUGGAUAGACAAGUAGAUGAAGAAGAUUAUGCAGUUUCACCCGAUUUAGACGCUGAAGGAGGUGUGAGUUUCUCUGAAAUGGAUGCAGAUGCACUCGCAGACAAGCUCGAAGCAGAUGAUGAUGACAGUGAAUUUGCAGCAACAGGAGAUGAUGAAGCAGAUUUAGAUGAAGAAGAAGAAGACGGUCUUCAAGAAGGAGAAUCAGAAGAAAGUUCUUUCCUCGAGGGAGAUGAGGAUGAAGAAAUCGAGGGUGAAGAGAUUGAUCUCUCUCAGAUGAAUGAAGAAGACGUCAGUGCUGUUAUGGAGAUGCUGUCUCCUGAAGAACAAGCUGCAUUUCAGGAAAUGUUGAAUGAGCAUAAAAGCAACAACAAUAGAGAAGGAGAGCUUUAA